UUUUUUUUUUUUUUUUUUUUUUUUGAAAUGGAUAAAGUAUAUGGCUUUAAAGUAUAUAAGUUUGUUAAAAAUAUGAUUUUUUUUAAAAAAAUUAUUUUAUGAGAAAAUUUUAGAAAAAAAAAAAUAAAAAAUAUGGAAAAACUUCAAAACUAACUUCCAAGCUGCGAUAAGUAGGCACGAAUUUCUGUAGUUAGCAUUAUUCCCUUAUGGUAAUUGGUUACUCAUCUAGUUAGCAUAAGCUAUUUAAUUACUCUUACUUAAUUUUCUCAUAUUUUUAAAUUUUUUCUUCAAUUUUUUUAUAAAAUAAUAAUUUUUUUUUUUAAAAAAACUAUAUUUUUACCCAAAAAGCAUAGAAAAGAUUUGUAAUUUCCUCUUAUAAAAAUGACUCUUUUGGUAGGUGUGUGUGGCAAUAAGAAUAUGAGAAAAUUACACUCUAUACCCUUUUUAUAUUAUUUUCUUUUAUGUUUACCCUCUUUUUUAAAGUCUAUUAUUUUUAUCUCUUUUUUUAAAUAUUGUACCAAUUUUGCCCAUAUCACUUCAAGAUAUUCUCCAAUGUGACUCUCUUAUGUCAGAAUAUUUUGAGUACAAUGCAUAUAAAAAGAGGUAUAUUUCAAUUAAAUAUAAAAUUAGAAGUAAAUUUAAUUAAUUAAUUAGUAAAAGUGGUAUUUUUCAACUUAGCCAGGGUAAGAACAUUGUUCCAUAAAUGAAAAAGAAUGUCACAUUAUGGGCUGAGUUUGUUUGGUCCACAAAUGGGGAUGGGCUUUUAGGCUUUCUUAAAAGCCCAAUUUAUAUUGAAAAACAAAGGAAAAAAUCCUGUCACUCUCGUACUCCCCACCCCCCGAACACUCUCGGCUAUCUCCCGACGGCGCCGACCGAAGACAGCAGAUCACGUCCCUCCUCCGUCUCUGGUUCUCUCUGACGUUGAAUAGCCCCCGUUGCCGACUCCGAAAGUUUUACAAUGCAAAGAACGUUAAGGUCGUUGAUUCGACCUGUCUUGAGGCAGAGACGAUUUUCCACUAACUCUGAAAGAAUCGUUGCGUCUGUACUAUUCGAGAGGUUGCCCGUAGUUGUUCCCAAAAUUGACCCCGUCGUCUACGCCUUCCAGGAGUUCUCGUUUAGAUGGCAACAACAGUUCCGAAGAAGAUAUCCUGAUGAGCUUUUAGAUAAGUCUAAUUCCAGAGGGAAAGGGGACUACCACAUUGAUUAUGUACCUGCUCCACGAAUAACUGAAGCUGACAAAAACAAUGACAAAAAGUCAUUACAAAGAGCACUCGACAGAAGGCUUUAUCUUCUUCUAUAUGGAACCACAAAUGGGGACUCUACUGGUAAGGCCGUGUGGCAUUUUCCCGAAAAAGUUUACGAGUCAGAAGAGACCAUGCGAAAGUGUGCAGAGUCUGCGUUGAAAAAUGUCAUAGGAGACCUAUCCAAUACUUAUUUUGUUGGUAAUGCCCCUAUGGGCCACAUGGCUAUACAGCCCACAGAGAAUCAAGCAGAAUCUGCAUCACUCAAGCGAUUCUUCUUUAAGUCUCAAGUUAUUGCAACCAACAAGUUCAACAUAAGGAAGUGCGAGGAUUUUGUUUGGGUAACCAAAGAUGAAGUUCUGGAGUAUUUUCCCGAGCAAGCUGAUUUUUUUAAGAAGAUGAUCAUCAGCUGAUUUAAACUUUACAGAUCAAUGUAUGGAAGUCUUGCAAAAUGAGAUGAGUUUUGACAAAGUUCAAUGUAAAAGCUGAAGCUAAUAAAAAUUGAAAAUCUUUGAGUUUGCUAUGACAGAGGAACAGUGAUUCAUCUCAACCUUAGUUUAUCACUUAAAAUGUCUUGGGAAUCAACUCAUUGUGUAAUUUUCCCUGCUGUUUCGUUUUUGUACUUUUAGUCACAGCAAUAAUCUAUUGAGUUGAUCAUAGUUUGCAUCU